CUAGCAAACGAAAGCGGAAGUGCUUGGGGGAUUGUCAUCUCCGCUGUCGUCUGAGAAUGGCCGCGGCUGCAGCAGGGAUAAACAAGCAGGGCGCUGUAGCGACGAUGGAGCCCUGUCUCAGACAUGGGAGGGGAGCUAAUGGAAGCACCGUCAAGGUGUUGGAGUGUGGUGUGUGUGAGGAUGUCUUCUCCCUCCAGGGAGACAAGGUCCCUCGCCUUCUACUCUGCGGUCACACAGUGUGCCAUGAUUGUCUCACCCGGUUGCCCCUUCAUGGCAGAGCAGUCCGAUGCCCCUUCGACAGACAGGUCACAGAACUGGGGGACUCUGGGGUUUGGGGUCUAAAGAAGAACUUUGCUCUGCUCGAACUCUUGGAGCGACUGCAGAACGGAGCAAGCAACCAGUCUGGGAUGGCAGAGGAUGCUCUGAAAGGCAUGGGAGAAUCUAUCAUUCGGUGCGAUGAGGAUGAGAGCCACACGGCGUCCAUGUAUUGCACGGUAUGCGCCACGCACCUGUGCGCCGAGUGCUCCCAGCUCACCCACUCCACCCGCACGCUGGCCAAACACCGUCGAGUGCCGCUGGCCGAUAAACCCCACGAGAAGAUGCUCUGCCCGCAGCACCAAGUUCACGCCAUCGAGUUUGUCUGCCUGGAGGAGGCCUGCCAGUCUGGGCCUCUCAUGUGCUGUGUGUGUAAGGAAUACGGCAAGCACCAAGGUCAUAAGCACGCUCUCCUUGAAACUGAAGCCAAUCAGAUCCGUGCGUCCAUCCUGGACAUGGCCCACUGCAUCCGUACGUUCACGGACGAAGUGUCCGAGUACUCGAGGAAGCUUGUGGGCAUCGUGCAGCAGAUCGAGGGGGGAGAGCACAUAGUAGAGGACGGAGUUGGCAUGGCACACACGGAACAUGUCCCUGGCACAGCAGAGAGCGCGCGCUCCUGUGUCCGCGCCUACUUCGCCGACCUCCAUGAGACCCUGUGUCGACAGGAGGAGAUGGCCCUGAGCGUGGUGGACGCUCACGUCAGGGAGAGACUCAUCUGGCUACGGCAGCAGCAGGAGGACAUGACUAUCUUGCUGUCUCAGGUCUCCACAGCCUGCUUGCACUGUGAGAAAACGCUUCAACAGGAUGACUGCAGAGUUGUGCUGGCAAAGCAGGAGAUCAACUGUUUGUUGGAGACUCUUCAGAAGCAGCAGCACCAGUUCACUGAACUGGCAGAUCACGUUCAGCUGGAUGCUGGCAUCCCAGUCACCUUCACUAAGGACAACAGAGUCCACAUCGGUCCAAAGAUGGAGAUCCGAGUCGUGACUCUCGGGCUCGAUGGAGCGGGAAAAACGACCAUCCUUUUUAAGCUGAAGCAGGAUGAGUUCAUGCAACCCAUACCAACCAUCGGUUUUAAUGUGGAAACAGUGGAAUAUAAAAACUUGAAAUUUACUAUCUGGGAUGUGGGUGGAAAGCAUAAACUGAGGCCUCUCUGGAAACACUAUUAUCUGAACACUCAAGCGGUAGUGUACGUGAUCGACAGCUGCCACAGAGACCGGCUCAUGGAGGCGCACAGCGAGCUCGCCAAACUACUGACAGAAAAGGAGCUGCGGGACGCCUUGUUGCUCAUCUUUGCAAACAAGCAGGACGUUCCCGGGGCCUUGUCCGUGGAGGAGAUGACGGAGCUGCUCAGCCUGCACAAGUUGUGCUGCGGGAGGAGCUGGCACAUUCAGGGCUGCGACGCCCGCAGUGGGAUGGGCCUCCACGAGGGGCUGGACUGGCUCUCAAGACAGCUGGUGGCUGCCGGGGUCCUGGAUGUAGCCUAGACAUCAUCACCCCCUACCUCGUCAUCCCACACCUACUGACGUAUCCCAACCCCUGAGCCUGACUCAUCAGCUCUAUAAAAACUUCCAGGAUGCGGCUGAAAGCCUUGACCCCAUUUAUCUUUCCUUCUUUGUGAAUAAAGCAAGAAAGCUUUGUUUAGAUCAUGGACAUCUCUCUUUAUGCUAUUACACCUUCUAAAUGUCUAAAUGGACCUCCAUUUGUGGUCAUUUAUAUAAUCGAACUCCAGAAUUAUGUUAUACUUGCCCAGCUUUUAGAGAUUACUCCUUUUGGUGUGGCAUCAGUACCUAGCUGGCUUGAAUCUAUUUACUCUGAAAUGCUCCAUGUGCUGCGACAGUCUAGACUGCAUUCUGCUUAUUCAUUUUCAAUUAGAGCGGUUCUUGUGAUUAUAGCUUUGGUUCUGCAUAUUUCUGAAUCCACUAACCUUUAGAUAGUUCAGGUAAAUGACUACAGUGACCUUGUAUUGUAAUCCAGCACAUCUUGCAAAUGAAGCUAGUAAUCCGUUAUCGCUUCAGUGAGUCGAGUGGCUUCUAACUGGUGUUCAUUUUGCCUCAUCGCCUGACGUAAUCAUUACCUGCUGUUCUGCAGUCAGCUCUCUGUAACUCAUCCAAGCUCGCUGUUCUUUAAAGUGCGUGAACCUGUUUGAUACUCCAGCAGGACUUGAAGGGUCGCACUGCUUGUUUUUGGGGUUGAAUGGAUUGCCUUCUGUUAGAGUGACUGUUUACUGAAUUUAUUUAUAGAUGGGAGCGGCGGAUGUUUCUGCGACUGGAGGAUGAAAUGCGAGAUCAGUGUCUUGCAUGCAGGAUUUGUGACUUAUCUGCUGCAUCGUGUGGCAGCAAAUCAACCACCUGCUGUUACAUUGUCCGUUGACCUUGCUGUUUGAAAGAAAAGAAAAACACGUGAAAAGAUCUUCUUACCCUUGUUGAUUUAUCUGGAAGCGCUUAAAAGAUAGUGCACCUUUUAAUCUGCCUCGGGCAGUAAGGCAUAGUGAAUAUCAGACAUUUAACCUCUAACACCGACAUUUCUUCUUAAUGAGCAACCAUUGUUUGAGUUGGAUCGUUAUUCAUUGCUAUGUAAUGUUUAAUAUUUGUAUCUUAUGUAUAAAAAAAAGAAAGAAAAGUCACAAUAUGCACGUGUUUAAAGCCUUUUCAUGUAGUUUGUGAGAACUGAAACACUGAAGCACAGUACGCAGUGAAAUCUGUUACAAGUGGACUUGAUGACUGCUUUUGUAAAUUAUAAAUAAUGUGAUGCUGUAAAAAUGUCUCUAUUUGACAUCAUUUGUAUGCCUAAGGUUUCCGCUUCUUCCAUAGUCACACAAUAAACCAGAACUCAGUCGGUGAAAAUA